AUCUUGAUUCAGGCUUUGACCAUCUCAGAAUGUUGGCAGUUUUUGAGAAAUCAGUUUCCAAGCCACCCAAAGAGCUUAGCCUUCCAGUUGGUGGAGGGAACAGAUCGGAUGAAAUCAUAGAAAUCUUCCGAUCAUGGAGAUCCGACAGCACCUUUUACCACCUCUCCAGCGAUAACUUCCUCGCUUUGUCCCAUCAAGGUGAAAAUCCAGCAAUUCCAAGGUCUGUUGUAGUGAUAGAUGACAUCUUUUGCAUGUUCUCGGGGGCAUUGCACAACACUUGCGAGAUGAGACGACACUACGGGCUGUCAAGGCAGGCCACGGAAGCCAUGAUCAUAGUCGAGGCCUACAAAGUUCUACGUGAUCGCGCACCCUACCCUCCCGACCAAGUCGUCAAGGAGCUCCAAGGGAAAUUUGCUUUCAUACUCUUCGAUUCCAAAGCCCCAACCCUUUUUCUAGCAAGGGAUCGCGAUGGCAGUGUUCAACUAUACUGGGGAACAGCCGGAGACGGAUCUGUGGUGUGCAGCGACGAUCCAAAUGUCAUAUCCGCAGCUUGUGACAAACACUACACACCCUUUCCUCCCGGGUGCAUAUUCAUAAAUAGGAGUGGUCUGAUGAGUUUUGAUCACCCUCUAAAUAAAGUGAGAGGGUUUAUGAGGGAGGAUGAUGGCAGAGUUAUAUUCAAAGUGGAUCCAUACACUAGAAUUCCCAGCAUCCCUCGUAUCGGCAGCGCCGCCAAUUGGGCCAACGCCGUCUAGUUCAACCACCAACUUUAUUUGCUCUGUCUUCUCCAAAAUAAUUAAGUCGCAAUCAACUUUAUCUUUUGUGAUCAUACUGUUACAACUUUAGUGGAUGAGAAUGGAAAUUCGUGUAUUUACUUCAAA